GGCAGACGCUUAACAACUGCGCCACCCAGGCACCCCCCAUGCAGCAAUUCUGUUUUUUACUUUCAGUAUAGUAUUCAAUAAAUUGCAUGAAAUAUUUAACACUUUGUUAUAAAAUGGCUUUGUGUCAAAUGUAAGCUAGUGUUAAGUGUUCUGAGCAGGUUUAAGUUGGCUAGGUGAAGUUAACGAUAUUCAUUAGGUUAGGUAUAUAAAUAAAGUUUUGCCUUUGCUCUGCCAUUGUGGUAUGUACGAUUCAGUGCCCUCACCAUGUCUCCUCACAAAACUUUGAGGAUGCAGUCAUUCCUGUCCAGGAAACAAAAGCAGAAUUGUCCCAUUCCCCAGUGGAUUUGGAUGAAAACUGGCAAUAAAAUCAGGUACAGCUUUAAGAGUAGACAUUGGAAAAGAACCAAGCUGGGUCUAUAAGGAAUUGCACAUGCGUUGGCACACAUUUAUGCUGUUUUUUUUUUUUUUAAAGAUUUUAUUUAUUAAUUUGACAUAGACAGCCAGUGAGAGAGGGAACACAAGCAGGGGGAAUGGGAGAGGAAAAAGCAGGCUUCUAGCAGAGGAGCCUGAUGUGGGGCUCGAUCCCAGAACUCCGGGAUCAUGCCCUGAGCCAAAGGCAGAUGCUUAACGACUGCACCACACAGGCGCCCAACAUUUAUGCUGUUUUGAUGUUACUUGCUCAUACUAUAUCACUCUGUAUAUAUCACUACUACCUAAGCAAUAGACCUGUUUUAUUGGGGAAAAUUUUUUUUUCCUGUUUAUAGGUUUCUGCACUAGUAGUUUGGUUCAGUAAUACAUGAGAUCUUUUAUUUGAAAAAAUGCACUUUUGACUUAACAGUAUUUUCAACUUACAGGUUUAAUAGGAUAUAACUCCACUGUCAGUUGAGGAAGAUCUGUACAUUCUUUUGGCACUUGGAGAGAUACUACUAUAUUUUUGGGAGACACUGUUAUUUAAUAAUUUCUUUUCCAUUAUAUUCUCUGUUCUUUUUUUCUAGGUAUUCUAUUCGGAUAUUAGACAUUUUGUGUUAAGAUUUUAGUGCUAUUUUCCUUCUUAGUGGAAAAUUUAGAUGGAAAUCUCUUUGGGAGACUUACUCAACUAUAAAUUCCACUAUCUAUUAUUUAUUUUAGUUUUUACUGUUCUUUUUAAUUUUUAAGAGUUUUCAUGUUCUUUUUCAUAAGUAAGUUCUUUCUUAUUAAUGGAUUAUGUUUAAUUCUUCUGUAUAUAAUAUAAAGCCUUGUUUUUAAGUAUUCCUCUGAUCUCUGAAAAAUCUUUCUUUUUUUUUUCUUUUUUUAGGUUUUUGCCUCCCCUUCAUGAAAUAUUGCCUCAAAUAAUCUAGUGAUCCUUGGCUGUUUCUGUUUAAGAAUGAGGAACUCAAAUGCUUAAGUAGAAACUUGAUAUGUGAUAGAUUGUCACUUAAUGGGUGAUUGGGCUUUAAGCAGGGGCACACCAGAUUUUCAAUAUAUAGAAGUCUAUUCUUGUGCCAUUAUAUUUCUGUUCUGGAGAAUUUUCUAAUUUUUUUCAUGAGAGUUCCAUUCAUGAGGGAAUGCUGGCAUUCUGAGAACAUGGUGAGUGGAAGGGAGGGAAGUCCACUAUUUAGUAUAUAGACACUCAGUUAUCCAGCUUUCAGCUUUGUUCCUCUCUUUUCUUUAUUCAUGUAUUUUAAAUAUUAUUUAUCUAUUAGAAAGAGAGCGAGAGCACACACCAGUGUGGGGAGGGGCAGAGAGAGACGGACAAGGAGAUCAUGA